AUGGAACUUAAAAGAAUGGAACCUAUAGCUCUCUAUAAUGUCUACUUCAAAAUCAUCUCUAAAAUACUUAUGCUGCGGCUCCAACCAGUUCUCAAUGACAUAGUAGCGGAAAAUCAGUUGGCUUUUGUUCCACAAAGAGCCAUCUCGGACAACGUACUCAUCACACACGAAAGCCUCCACUACCUGAAAACGUCAAAGGCGAAGAUACGUUGUUACAUGGCAGUAAAAACAGAUAUGAGCAAAGCAUAUGACAGAAUUGAAUGUGAUUUUUUCCAGGCAGUGAUGGAAAGACUAGGCUUUCAUAGAAGAUGGUUUCAAUGGAUAAUGCAAUGUCUGAGUACAGUAAGUUACUCGUACCUGGUGAACGGAGCAGCCCAAGGUUUUGUACAACCAAGCAGAGGCCUGAGGCAGGGGGAUCCUUUAUCACCGUACAUAUUCAUUCUUUGCAGUGAAGUCCUCUCUGGCUUAUGCACCAAGUCACAACAACUGGGGAGAUUGCCGGGAAUUAAAGUCUCCAAAAAAUGCCCACGAGUGAACCACUUGUUGUUCGCAGACGACACAAUGUUCUUCUGCCGAUCUGACCCCACGAGCUGUGAAGAGCUAAUGAGAAUCAUAGGCAAGUAUGAAGUGGCGUCGGGACAAAAGAUCAACAAACAAAAAUCAGCAAUCACCUUCUCAGCAAAAACAGGAAGGGACACAAAGCAAAGAGUAAAGGAUACUCUCGGAAUCCAACGUGAAGGAGGUUUGGGGAAAUACCUUGGUCUACCGGAACACUUUAGGAGGAAGAAAAAAGAUCUCUUCAGCAUAAUAGUAGACAGAAUCCGGCAAAAGGCGCAGAGUUGGUCGUCGAGACUUCUCUCAUAA